AUGUGCGAAAUCUACAAACCAUGCCCACAACCGUUUGAUACCAAAUCUAGCAGACAGCUUUCGCUUCUGCUUCUGGAUUGCUGGCAACGAGAAUAUGACGGACGCCCUUAUAGAAAUUUUCGUUUCAAUCUUUUAGACUUUGAAGAACGGAUGCGGAGAAAAUUUCAUCCUGUUUAUGAUUUCCAGGUUAUAGUUAAGUUCUUACAGACACGAAGCCUGUGCACAUGCCGACUAAGAGGCAUUCGUUUAUUGCCGUAUGAGCACGAAAUACUACAGAGUUUCGUCCAAGGUCUUACGAAUAUUCGCCUGAUUGAACUGCGUUUAAUGGAUUUACCGACGCGAUUUUUCGAGCUGAUGAGGGAUAACGUAGUACUCAUGAGUGUCAAGGACUUAAUACUGGAAGGAACUAUCCUAACGACACCGGACAUCGAGGCUUUAUAUUUCUUUUUAACAGAGUCGAAAAUCCUACGCCAUUUGAAUGUGGCAAAUUGUAGUGUUUCCCAAUAUGAUUUUCCAUUACUGGCCGACGGAGUGCAUAAGUCAACGUCUUUGCGCAGUUUCGUUUGCAAUCGCCUAUUGGGUAAACAUAUGAGUGUGGACACGACCAAGGUUGCCCAUAUAGUAUCCUUACUUAUCUGGCAAAAUAAACUGGACGAGCUCGAGAUGCAGAAAUGUGAGAUUCAAGCACGCGAUAUGGAGAUAAUAAGCAAGUACUUGGAGACACCACAAAGCAAAAUGCGAAAACUAAAUUUCGCAUACAAUACAAUUGGAUCUGACGGUGCUGAAUAUAUCUUCCGCGCGAUAGCCCUUAGCAGUACUUUAACACAUUUAAAUAUUGGUAGUAACAAUUUGGGCAGCCAUGGUGGACGGACGGUAGCGAAUUAUAUACACUGCUGCUACUUUCUUAUAUAUCUCAACAUAACAUGGAAUGGAAUCAGUCCUGACGCAAUGAAUCUUAUUUUAACGGCAAUGAAAAAGCCUGUUAAACUGCACAGGAUUGAAAUCUUUGGCAAUCGCUUUGAUGUCAAGUCUGCUAAUAUAUUGCGGCGGCUCCUUGAUGCUGGCGUUGUACCACCGGAGGGAAUUGACGUAAUAUCAAUUUACGAUGAAAGUAUAGCUGAUUACCGUGUUACACAUUAUGAUUGA